AUGUAGAUCACCAGUCUGGUCACUAGGAAGGAGGAACAGACAUUUGAUUUGGUAAAGGAACCCCGAGACAGCCUCAUUUCUGGGCCUCAUUCCACGUCUGAGCAAAUGCCAGUUUGUAAUGAAACUUUCUUUGGACACCACGCUUUCCUCUUAAAAGGAACUUGACUUAAAUCUGUGCAUUGCCAAGGGCAAGGAGCCGAGAACAUGGAUAGACAGAAGUUUCAGCAGAAGGUUCUGAAGCAAACUAAGCAGAAGAAAUCCAAGUCGGCUGAAUUUCUGAUGGUUAAAGAAGCUAGAGAAGCUACGGAAGGCACUGGAAAUCCAGCUUUUAACAGGAGCAGCCCAGAUCUCUCAGCACAUCAGACUUCAGAAAAGAAAGUUAUUAGACAUGACAUGCUGGAUCGCACCCUUGCAGCUCACCAACAAAAAUUCAGGCUGCUAGCCUCUGCUGAACCAAAAGGAAAUGAAUACAGCAGAAAUUACUUUGACCCACUGACGGAUGAGGAAAUAAACCCAAGGCAGUAUGGGAUGGAGGUCAGCGGAGAGGGCAGGCCAAGUAAAGAGAAGUGGAGAAGCGUUUCUAACAAAAUUGGUCCCUGCCCUACGGACUGUGGUCUCAAUCUCUCAAAAGAAGACCAUGAAUUACACAAUAAGGUAAAUUUAAUUUCAUUUCAUUCUGUGAAGGAAACAUCAACUGCUUGGAAAACUGGAGAAACUGAAGAUUAUUCUCAGGAUACUUCUUAUUUGGAGGAACUGGAGAAACACAGAUUUUCAGUUUGCUGUUCUUCAGUAGCUGAUAGUACUGGAUCUGGAGAAUUCUUCAAGCAUCUCUAUUUUGUGCUGGCGUCAGUGUUUUCAGAACUUCAGUUCGCUCAAUGGCAAAGCCAGGGCUUCUGGUACAUUAUCUUGCUGACGGCUUCUCUCUGGUUCCUGCGGCUCUACCUGCAUUACCUCAGCCAGUGGCUUUUCCUCCAGGCCAUUUCAAUUCCUGUUACAAAAUUCCAUUUUUCCCCCCUCACGGUUGAGCUCUGCUACCCAACCUCUUUACUUCGCAUCGGAGAAGAGUUGCUUGUGGUUGUGAUGGGGCCUUUAAUGCUGAACGCAAUGGUACUUCCCUUGGUUCUGAUCAGAUGGGGCUGUCAGGUACUGUUUGCCUUCUGCCCUGAUGUCCUGUCAAAGUUAAUCAUCACCAUGGGACUAUGGACAGUUCUGGACCCACUGGCAGUGUUUAUUGUGGAUACUGUCCUGGGGCGGCUUUCACAUGAUGGGGAGACUCCUGUAGCUGAUGCAGCAAAGCUGUACUGGAUGUUUGAAAAAACCAUGCAAUCAGGAAUCCUUGGUGUGGUGCUCACGGUGCUACUUUACGUGCUCCUGUUCAUCAUUUCAUCUUUGAUUUUAUAUUUGUAUUGUCUCAGAUUGCACAAUGAUUCCUGGAUAUUAGACGCAUUUCAGCGCAUCCACAGUGAAGAAACCAAGUUUUUUAUACCAUACGAUUUGGAGAUUUCCAAUCAGGAACUAAGCUAUAUAGUAAAAAGAUCUGAGCAAUGGAGAGGACUCAAUGGUGAGAGAAGGAAGGGCUGAGUAAUAUUCCAUUGUAUAUAUGUGCCACAUCUUCUUUAUCCAUUCAUCUGUCGAUGGACACUUAGGUUGCUUCCACGUCCU